CACACCUUCUGCCUAGUGGCAGUAUAUAUAUUACGGCUUUGCCGCCCUUGCCAUUUUCUGUCCUUUAGUGUUCUUUCUGUAUUUCACGAUCUGUCACUUUUUCUCUUCUGAGGUGGUUGGCCGGCUUCAUAUGCUCACCUCUAGGAUAAUCAGUGUCUGAGCCGGCUUGAGCCCGGCAACGUUCGUUGAGAACAUAAGGCUUUCUCUUUAGUUUCCUUUAAGUUGUCAACGUAAUUUCCUGAGAAUGAUCGCGCCGUGAGAUCCGAUCUUUAUCUCUUAAACCCUUUCAUUCUUCAACCACACGACCCCUAAUUAUUACUACUAUGCCUUUGUUACCGACUAAUACUCCCACCCGGGGACAGCCGGAGCCGACUUGGCCGCCGAGCCCGAGUCGUCUCCCCCCGUCGUUGGAAGACGAUACAAAUUAUGAUACCAACUCAACAGAUGAGGAUGAACUUGACGCCCACUGGACUCAAGAGAAUCCCAUGAUGUAUUUCCUCACGCCGCCAACCCCAAAGGACGAGGAACUCGAAUUUGAUUUCGAGUUUGACGCCGGGAUUGAAGACUCAAGUCGGCCCAGAGAGAUCAUCCGAACUGUUUCCCCAUCCACUCUCGAUGGUCUCAGAAAAUACAAGCCCAAGGAUAAAUUGGCAGAUUGUGCUGUCUUGGAUGACGAUGACGAUGAUAGUGAUGACGACGAGGAUUAUAUCCGAUUCCAUCCUCACGGUCAUACGUCUCUACCAUUUGGAUUUGAAAAGUUCUUUGACCAGACGAGACCUACUUCUACCAUAACAUCUCAAACUACAGAGGCUUUACUAUCACCCGCCUCAUUCCACGUCGGAUCACCAAAUGGGCGUCCAUCGAGGCGCUUCGCACCACCGCGGCGAUCUCUUCGAGGAAGAUCGACCAGUCAAUCGCUUCAACGACGCCAUUCAUGGCGUGAGCCAAGCCCCGAUGUAUACUCCAUCGAGGAGGAGCCGGAAAAGGAGACGAUGAGCGAAAUGGGUUUGAGCGUCGAAGACCUUAUCGACGGCCACGAAGGAAAGACGCUACCAAUAGACAUACCGGCUGCAAAGCCAAGGAAGAAGGUCAGGUUCGUGUUACCGGUUAAGGAUUGAUACAAGCAUAUUUCCUUCGAAUCUACAUCGUCCCCCGAGGGGGCAAAUCAGCACACGAGCAUUCAAGCAUAUUAACGGCGUUGUGGGUUUUUUUGUUGCAUUUGCUUCAUUUUCAUUACAAUCAUGGUUGGUUGCAUAUCUACGGUGUUGGGCAUAUCUAGCAUUUGCAUUUCG